CAACGACACAAACAUUCCCAGCACGUAACCGGAGCUAGUCAUCUUCUAGUGUUACAAUCUGCUGUCAGCUUCUCCUCAUUAUUCUGGCCCUGGGUUGUUGUUGCAGUAACUGUAGCAGCGAUGCCCACGAACAAAGCCUCCAAACCUAAGAGGGCCAAAGCCGGGAAAGAAAAGAAAGAAGUGAAACGGGAGUCGAAAACGGACAGAGAGUCGGACGUCGAGAAGGCCAAGACCAAUGCGGGCCUCUGGGAGCUCAGGUUAAAGGCCACGGAGCGGUCCCUGAGGGACUACACGGAGUCCUGUCAGAAGCUGGCACGCGACAAUGAGCGCCUCACCGAUCAGCUGUACCACGCCGAGAACGACGCGAUCCACGUAACAGGCCACUGGGAGAGACAGCUGGAAGCUAAAGAGGGAAAGAUCUGCAAGCUGGAGAAAGCCCUCCAAACCCAGGAGGCACUUGCAAGAGAAGAGAAGAACAAACUGGCCGGUGACCUUAACAUGAUCCAGGAAGAAAUGAUGAAAAUGAAAGAGAUGGAAAUCCAAAGGGAGCAGGAUAUCAUUCAUAUGAAAAAAAGCAGUGAUGAUGCUUACAAGGAGCUCAUGGAAAAACUAAGAGAGAUGGAGGGUCAGUUCUUAAAAGAAAAGGACCGCCUGGAGAAAGAAACAAAGGAAUGCUAUCAAACAAUGGUCCAGAUGGUGGAGGACCACCAUGAAGCCACUGAGCAGUUGAAAGACACUUUGCACUCUGUGCUCAAGGAUCGUGAUUGCCUCAGUGAAGAGCUGAAAUAUCACAAAAAGGAGGCAGAGGAUCUGCAGAAGUUAGCAAAAUCACUGGGUGAUGAAAACACCUCGCUGGCAUUGAAGAAGAACAUGCUUGAGUUGACAGUAAAGAGCAAUGCAGCUCAGUUGGAGACCCAAAAAAAUAAGCUAUCCGAACUGAGGGCCGAGGUAGCUUCCCUGGAGGAGGCCUUACAGCUUAAGGUUGUGGAGAUCGAACUACAGGAGAAGAAUGAGAAAAUUAACCUGGUCACCAUCCAGGCCAGUCAGGUAGAGCUGGACAAACUGCAGCAAGUGCUCGCCAUGCGCGAAAAGGAACUGAGGCAUGUCAAGCAACUAGCGAGCACCAUUGUAGCAAAGCGCCAAGAGCUGGAGGAGUUCUUCCAUGAAGCACUGGAUCAUGUGAGGAAGGAGAUCAAGGCCGGCAGGCUCCAAUACAAAAAGGAUGCACUGCAGAGUUAUCGUAAGACUUUCAAAGAAGCCACAGCAGGAAAGAUAAAGUUCCCACCCAUCCGCACCUUCCAUAAAGGUCCCCACAGUACUAACUCUGUCUAUUCAGACAUGGAGGCAGCUGCGAUGUGGACUUAUCCACCAAGUGUUGAGGUUCAAAUCUCCGAGCUGACUUGGGAGCAAAAGGAACAAGUGCUCCAGCUUCUCUUUGCUAAAAUGAACGGAUACAGGGAAAGCAAAUUCAGCCCACAGGUGGCUCUGCUGGCCUCCUCUGAGAAGAAGAGCUCUACGGACAGUGAUGCAGACGGAAUUAGAAAGGACCUGUCCCCGGCAACCAUCAGCACCCCGGCGCCAUCAGAGUCCACGCUGCCCUCGCAGCCAGCCAGCCAGCCAGAUAUACAUAUCACUACUUUUGUUCGUUCUAUCAAAAUCCACAGACAGGAUUGUUGUACCUUAGUUUAAAAAAAAAAAAAAAAA